AUGUCAGUGCUAAAGCGCCGUGUUCCCUACCACUCCUCCUUUUUCGCGACCAAGGCAGGCCAAAAAAGGGGGUUGCCCACUCCCAUAGAAGUCAUCGCCCUCUCAAAAGACUUCAAAACUGAUCCACCGCCCGCCCCGGUUAAGUUUGAUCAUCUCAACCUUCUUGUCAAGUUUGGUUCAGCUGUGGAGAUUGAAGAAGCCCUAUGCCUACGCAUGAUUCGAAAGACCUUCUGUGACAAGAUACCUGUCCCAGAGGUGUAUGGCUGGAAAGUUCACAACGGCUGUGUAUUUAUAUACAUGGAGCUUAUUCGAGGAGACACAUUGCAUGAUCGAUGGGAUUCUCUAAGUGAAGCUGAGAAGGCCUCAAUCUGUGAUCAGCUUCAGGUGAUCGUUUCCUCACUCCGCCAGGUUGAACAAGAUCCAAAGGAUCCAUUUAUUGGAUCCAUCGCUCGUCAACAUUUACAUGACUAUGUAUUUGAAACUAUGCCCUGGAAGGGACCUUUUAAAAAUGAGAGAAAAUUCAACGACUGGUUCUCUUCACUGCCUCAGCACUGGCUUCCUGAAUCACGCAAAUAUCGGGACCCCUAUCGUGACUACUUGCCAGACAAUGGAACCAUCAAGCUGACUCAUGGGGACUUGCAUCAUGGUAACAUUUUAAUCUCGCCAACACGUCCCCCGCGUAUUAUUGCUCUCAUUGAUUGGGCCCAUGCUGGUGGGUACCCAGAAUUCUGGGAGUAUUGCAAGGCUCUGUACACAUCACAUUAUGAGGGAGAGUGGCGUAAUGUUUGGAUACCCAAGUUCUUAGACCCGUACGAGACUGAGGGUACUAUUUUUGGGGGAAUAUGUAUCGCAGAUGGGAGCAAUAUGAGUUGUUCAGAUUGA